CAACUCGUCCACAGUGGAGUUAAAGCAUACAGCUGUGACUUGUGCGGAAAGUCUUUUGCCCAGGUUGGAACCUUGAAAAAACACAAAGUCAUCCACAGUGGAGUUAAAUCAUACCACUGUGAUGAGUGUGGAAAGUCUUUUACCCAGCUUGGUCACUUAAAUGCACACCAACUUAUCCACAGUGGAGUUAAAGCACACAGAUGUAACUUGUGUGGAAAGUAUUUUACCCGGGCUGGAACCUUAAGAAAACACAAAAUCAUCCACAGUGGAGUUAAAGCAUACAGCUGUGACUUGUGUGAAAAAUCUUUUAUCGAUGCUGGAAGCUUAAAAAGACACAAACUCAUCCACAGUGGAUUUAAAGCAUACACCUGUGACUUGUGUGGAAAAUCUUUUACUCAGGCUGACAACUUAAAAACACACCAAGUCAUCCACAGUGGGGUUAAACCAUACAUUUGUGACUCGUGUGGAAAAUCUUUUGCCCAUCCUAGAAGCUUAAAAAUACAUCAACUCAUCCACAGUGGAGUUAAAGCACACAGCUGUGAUCAGUGUGGUAAAACAUUUGCUCGCAGUUGCAACUUACGACGUCAUCAAGAUACCCACUCUGGAAUUAAGGCGAACAGCUGUGACAAUUGUGGUAAAACCUUCAGUAGUAUAAGUUACCUAAAAAGACACCUGCGGAUUCACACUGGACAAGAUGUUUACUGCUGUGAUCAGUGUGGGAAAGUCUUUACAACAGCCACACAGUUACAUCACCACACAUUUACCCACACUGAAGAGAGACCUUAUAAAUGUGACCUGUGUGAGAAGACUUUUAAAGCGCCACAUUCUCUGAAAGGGCACCAGCAGAUCCACACCAGAAAGAGACUCUACAAGUGCAGUUACUGUGAGAAGCAGAGCGACACAGAUGGAUCCACUUCUCAACCCUGUCGUCACUGUGGUGGUGGGAAAGACUUUCUCUGUGACCUUUGUGGAAAAACUUUCAGUCAUCAACAAAGCCUAAAAGUACAUCAGCGUAGACACACUGGAGACAAAAUGAACUACUGCAAAGAAUGUGGGAGAGGCUUCCCCAAACCAAGUGAAUUAAAACGACAUGAACUCAGUCACAGUGGGGUUAAAAAGCACCUCUGUGACCAGUGUGGGUCAUCCUUCACCACUGCAUGUUACCUUAAAGUACAUAAACGAGCCCACACAGGAGAGAAACCAUACAACUGUAGACACUGUGACAGAAGUUUCUCAUAUUCAGCGAGUCGUGAUUGCCAUGAACUUCGACAUAUUGAAGUGAACUUAAUAACAGUGUGACAAGAGCUUUAAGAAUCUCAGUUUAUAAUCCGAACAUAAACAAUCCCUCACUGUAAAUAAACUGUUUCACUGUUACCAAUGUGCAAAAACAUUCACUUCAUUAUCUGCUCUGUGCAAACAUCAGCGUGAUCAUGCAGGACGGAAAUCACUGGAUCACAAUGAAUCUGAAGAGACAGAAAGAUCCUCUUCAGGUUUCAGGGUCAGACUUACAAACCAGAUCAGGCUCCACAGAGUUCAGAUGGAGUCUCCUGUAAAGAGUGUCAGCUGAUGUCACACUUGGAUCUCAUGAGGUAGCUCUGAUGUUUGGACUUCAAUUCAGGAAGAAAUAAUUCUAAAUUAUUUUUUUUUUUCCAUGACAGAGCUCAUAAUGCCUAUUAGUCGUAUUAAACUAAAUUUUCUUAAUUUAAAUUGAUUCAAAUUCUAUUAUUUCUUUUUGGACCCUCAGAAAACACCAAAUUCUUUUUACAUGUAGAUAGAUGCUGGAUGCCGGUAGAGUUACGUAUUCUGAAUAUUUGGAUUACUUAAUUUCAUGCUUUUUACAACUAUAAGAAUGUACUAUUGCUAUGUGAUUUAUUACUAUUAUUGAGGCUACUCGGCAUACCAAUACCAACUAAUUUUUAAAUCUUAAUAUAAAAUGAGUAACAGUAGGGUGGACAUUAGGUAUGGCUUUUUGCAGUGAUCUUGUAUAGAAAACAACUUCUGUAUCAAUAAUAUGUUUUCCUUUUGUCUACUUUGUGGCUCUGAUUUCUGGACUUGCAUCAAUAAUCCUGAAUGUUACAUUUGGGAAGCUGCAAGUUUUUUACUUUUUUUUUUAAUUUUAUUUUUUUAUUUAUUUAUUUUUUACAGAUUUUGAUUCUCCAAAAUGUUAUCGCUGUCACGUUUAAAUGGUUUUCCCAUUGGGACAUUGUAUUUAGUAGUAGUUGUUGUUAUAGAUAUUGUUUUACCUUAUAGUUAACUGAUAUUGUAUAAAUACUUGAACUUAA